UGAAUAUUGGAGAGAAAAGACGAAACCCAUUUCAUUUCGUUUCAUUUCACUUGCUCGAUAGAAAAGGGAGCGAGCAGAAGAGUGCAGAGCAAGCGAGCGCAAAAGUGUGAUGCAGUUGGACAUUCACUCCAAAACGCAUGGCUUCUUCUUCUUCUUCUUCUCCUUCUCCCACUCACUCUUACCUCACACACCUUCCUCUUCAUUCAUCCUCUCAACAAGGUGAGAAGCGCGUGGACGACGAUGAAUCGCGGGUUCCGGUUCACGUCGUGACCGCGGCGUCGCAACUUCCCGUGGAGUUUCUGGAACCCUCGCCGCAGAAGGAGCUAGUCAUUGGCUUUGACUGCGAGGGCGUUGACUUGUGUCGCAACGGCACUCUCUGUGUAAUGCAGCUUGCAUUUGCUGAUGCUAUAUACUUGGUUGAUGCGAUUGAUGGGGGGAAGGAGCUCAUCCAAGCGUGUAAGCCUGCACUUGAGUCUAAUUACAUCACGAAAGUGAUUCAUGAUUGCAAACGGGAUAGUGAGGCAUUGUACUUUCAGUUUGGCAUCAAGUUGAACAACGUGGUGGAUACACAGAUUGCUUAUUCACUUAUAGAGGAGCAAGAAGGACGAAAGAGAUUGCCAGAUGACUACAUUUCAUUUGUUGGCCUCCUUGCAGAUCCACGAUAUUGUGGUACUAUGUGUCGUGGCAUAUCAUAUGUUGAGAAGGAAGAAGUUCGUGUCCUCCUCCGACAGGACCCCAAGUUUUGGACAUACAGACCAUUAUCUGAACAAAUGGUCCGUGCUGCUGCUGAUGAUGUUCGCUUUCUUCUCUACAUUUAUCACCAAAUGAUGGAGAAAUUGAAUGAGCGGUCUUUAUGGUAUCUUACAGUUCGUGGUGCCUUGUAUUGCCGUUGUUUCUGUGUGAACAGUAACAAUUAUGCUGACUGGCCAUCUCUAACCCCGAUUCCAGAUUCGCUGAAAGCUGAUGAAAAUGGUCCCGAGGAAGAAGUUCUUUCAGUUCUUCAUAUUCCCCCUGGAAAGAUGGGACGUGUAAUUGGGAAAAAAGGGGUGACAAUUAAGGGAAUCAAGGAGGCUUGCGAAGCGGAAAUUCUCAUGGGAGGUGACAAAGGCCCACCUGACAAGGUCUUCAUCAUGGGACCAGUGAAGCAGGUGAGGAAAGCCGAGGCCAUGUUAAGGGGUCGAAUCUUGGAUGUGUAGCAAUGAAAAGUCUCUCAUCAACUUUUGCAAUAAAUCAUUUUUCUGACCCAAUAGUUACUGCCAUUCUGCCUCUGAUAGUUGGACUGAGUUAGUGGAUUGAGAAUACUUUUUCCAUGCUUGUAUCUACUGUGGACAAGAAAACAAAGAAAAAAAGUAAUCAAGUUUUUUUUUCCAACAAUACUGAAUAGACUUACCCUAA